UUUUAAUUGUUUUUAGGAAAGAGGUCCAAAGAAAGAGUUGAAGGUUGCUGGACAUGGACUGAAGCUGACAUCUAGGGUUCCAUUGGCUCUUCCACCACAGAUGGAGAGUUGAGUAUCUAGAUCUGGUUUAUCUUCACUUCAGAGAACCAGUCUGAACAAGAUAGACACAAAUCUUAUCUCUGCAUUUGUGGAAUGAUGGCAUCUAGAGACAUCUUCAUUUCACAUGCCGUUUGGUGAAAUGAGCAUUACUUUGGAUGAUGUCUCAUGUCUGCUUCACUUGCCCAUCAGGGGUAUCUUCUGGAGUCCUCAGGAUGUGACGGAAGAGGUAGCUGUUGAACUUGCUGUUGACUACUUAGGAGUGUCACAGGGUGAGGCACAGUCACAUGUUCGUAGCUGCAGGGGUGAGGCACAGUCACAUGUUCGUAGCUGCAGGGGUUCGUAUUACAAGUUGGAGUGGUUAUACGAUUUAUUCGUACAGCAUAGAGCUGCUUCCAGCUGGGCAUAUGCGACCAGAACAUAUCUGUUGAUGUUGGUGGGUCCCACCAUUUUUUCCGAUAAGACCUUUACACUUGUAGAGGCACGAUACCUCCUCCUGUUUACGAACUUAGAUAGAUGUUCAGGAUAUAGUUGGGGAGCAGCUGCACUAGUUAUCCUAUACAGAUAUCUUGGAGAUGCGUCCAUGUACAGUUGCAAACAGCUCGGUGGAUAUCCUACUCUCCUACAGUGCUGGAUUCACGAAUACUUUCCAACUAUUGAAAAAAGAGGGGAGAAUUGGAAACCAGCUGAUAAUUGUGGUCUUCCCCGAGCGAUGAGAUGGUCGUAUAGGCAAGGAGUCCUGAAGGUUGAUGAUUUACGACCUAUUUUGGACGAGCUGACACAUGCCGACGUCAUAUGGCGUCCAUUUGAGGAUCAUAGAGUAUGGCGUCUAUUUGAUGAGAUAUGUCUCUACAGGGGCUGUUUGAAGUGGGGUGAAACAGUUGUUCCAUACUUGCCUGAUAGAUGUUUACGUCAGUUCGGGUAUAGGCAGUAUGUUUCAUCCCCACCUCUUGAUUGUAUGAUGGCGACGGAUAUUGAUGUUGAUUGGAUUAGUUACCAUUAGAGUGUUAUCGCUGUGAUCGGUCCAUCUACCCUGGCCACCACUCCAUCUGAUGUAGAAGAUGGUUAUCUGGAGUGGUAUUAUUGUGUUUCGCAUCCACGGUUGGUCCCUCCCCAUCGUGACGAUCCAAGAGAGGUACUAGUUCCUGUAUAUGACGCUGGACCAUCUGAUCCUGAUUGGGCUCGUGUAUCUACAUUGAUUCAUCGCUAUCUGAGACAGGUUAAUGCCGAAGAGGAAGAUCCACAGUUUGCUGAUUUAUUUGAAGCUUUGCAUAUUUCUCGUUCACAUUGAUUUAUGUAUUAAGUUUUAGAACUGAAUAUAAUAGACAUAAUAUAAAAUUCAUGUUUUGAUUACAUAUUUAUGUUUUGAGUACAUAUUCAUGCUAA